AUUACAACAAACCGCUGCUGCACUCGCUUCCGGGUCCGGAACCAAUAGCGGUACAAGGAUUAGGUCACGUGUGGGGCUCCUCCUUCACGUCGUUUACGUUCAGAGUCUCGGAGCUGACCAAAGCAGCAGUGAGAGGUGCACCAUGGGUCGCCUCGACGGGAAAGUGAUUGUCUUGUCAGCCGGCGCUCAGGGGAUUGGACGUGCUGCAGCAAUAGCAUUCGCAAAGGAAGGAGCACAAGUCACAGCGACGGACAUCAACGGAGAGAAGCUGAAAGAGCUGGACGGCAUUCCAGGGAUCAAGACGAAGGUGGUGGAUGUAACUAAGAAGGACCAAGUUGAAGCCCUAGCCAAGGAACAUGACCGUGUUGAUGUCCUGUUCAAUGUUGCUGGGUUUGUGCACCACGGCUCCAUCCUGGACUGUGAAGAGGCUGACUGGGACUUUACCAUGAACGUGAACGUUCGCAGCAUGUACCUCAUGAGCAGGGCGUUCCUACCCAAGAUGUUGGCAAGGAAGUCAGGAAACAUUAUCAACAUGUCAUCGGUUGCAUCAAGCAUUAAAGGCGUAGUGAACCGGUGUGUCUAUAGUACCUCCAAGGCUGCCGUGAUCGGGCUCACCAAAUCCAUAGCGGCUGAUUUCCUUGAGCAAGGCAUUCGCUGUAAUUGUGUCUGUCCCGGUACUGUUGAUACUCCAUCAUUGAGGGGUAGGAUCGAGGCCCAACCCGACCCAGAACAGGCUUACAAGGAUUUCAUGGCACGGCAGAAAACGGGCAGAAUGUGCACCGCUGAGGAGGUGGCGUACCUGUGUGUGUACCUGGCCUCGGAUGAGUCUGCCUACGUGACGGGGACGGAGCACAUCAUAGAUGGAGGGUGGAGGCUCUGAGGAGACGGUUGUAGGCCCAGGCCAAUUUGAAGCACAAGAACGAGUGGAUCACUUUGUUUAAUUUUGCACGCUAUUCCACUGACUCUGUGGGAGACAUUCGCCAUGCUCAAACUCAUAUGUCGAAUUGUAAUAAAUGGACUCAUCAGAAAUUAAUCCUUUAUUAAACUUUCAUGUGAACAAUAAUGAAACAUGUUUACACAUCUAAUAAAACGUCUUCUAUACUAGUA